GGGAGGUAAGAGGCGAAGCACCACCGACUUCCCAAGAUGCUGGCACUAAUAAACCGGCUUUUAGACCGGUUCAAGUCUUUAUUUUGGAAGGAAGAGAUGGAGCUGACCCUGGUCGACCUCCAGUAUUCGGGAAAAACGACGUUCGUCAACGUAAUUGCCUCUGACGAAACCCUAAUUGGAGUGAUGGUUGAUGAGAUGAAGAGGCUGCUGAGGAAGCUGAUGUCCAAAUUUGUGCAAAUGGAUGUGAUCAGGAAAGCUGAGGAUAUCCUAGAUGUUGAACAUUACAGGAACAAGGAGAACUGGCAUGACACAGGCAACAUAGCAGUAUCACAUGAUGCCAGACAAUACAUGGAGCAAGUUGAAGACUAUCUCUGAUGCCACCAAAAAGAGGUUCUUUGACAGUGUAGUUAAUUUUUACACAAGUGUUGUGACCAAAAUGAACUUGAAAAAAAAUGGUUGCAUUUUGUCUUAGCGAUUGUCGCGCGCGCGCACGUCAUCGGGGUUGGCAAACAGAAAUCUCCCUAUUUGCAAUUUCUACAACUUAACAGGUAUGCUACAGCCAGGCACUUUCCUUAUUUAAUCCAUUCGUAAGAGAAUUAGCAUACUAAGAACAUUGGGUGAUGUGACUUUGAAAUGUCGUGGAGAGCAGGUGCCCAGACGAGAAGGCCUCUCGAGCACCUCCGGCCUAGACGCCUAUGUCAGCUUUUGGCGCAAUCUGUGGCGCUCUGUGACCCUAGCGCCCUUCCGCUAAACAAUGCGCACUUACCCUUGUGUUAUGUUUAACCGGGUGAGUGGUCCACUUAUAGGGAAGCAA